AUGGUCCUUCCGGCCUGCCUUCUCCUCGCCCUCCUCCCUCUGGCGAACCUCGCCGCCGCCCUCGCUCUCGCCCUCUUCCUCUCGCUGAGUGCAUGGCGCAUGUGCGCGGAGGACGUGCGUUGCGCGGCGGCCCGGGCGCCAGACACGCCCUACUCGCGCGGGCCGAACGGGUACCAAUUCACGAUGGUGACGGUGCUGCUGCCGCUCCAAGUCGCCUCCCUCACCUGCCUCGCCUCCCCGGCGGUGGUGCCUCACCCUCUCCUCGCGCUGCUCGCGCUGCCCGCCCUCCUCGUCUUCAAGAACGGCGUCUGCAUGUCCGUCAUACUCCACCGAUGGGCCGCCCACGCCGCCUUCCACGUGCGGCCCGCCACCGGGCUCGUCCUCGCCGCCGUCGGCUGCCUCGCCUUCCAGGGCGGGCCGCUGUGGUGGGCGUCGCGCCACCGGGCCCACCACCGCUUCUGCGACACGUCGCCGCUCGACCCGCACUCGCCUCAGCUGAUCGGCCGCCUCUGCGCGCUCACCUUCUUCGUGGGAGGGCAGGGGCUCGACGCCGUCCGCUCGAACCUGGCGGUCUGCUUCACCACCUCGUGGACCGGCCUCGCCUCGACCCUCUGGUUCAACGUGCGCAACCACCCGCUCGGAGAGGCGGCGAGGCGGGCGGAGGAGGAGGCGGCCGGUGGCCUCGCGCAGCCUGCGGGCAAGCACGAGGCGGCACGCAGCGAGUGCGUCGCCGUCGACGACCCAGCGUCUGCCGGCUUGCUGCAGGAGUGGCCCCUCUACCUCCUCCUCGAGGCCGUCGCCCUCUUCAUCUCGCCCGCCGUCGGAGAAGACUCGCACGACCACCACCACAACUACCCCGGCCUCGCCGUCCGGCCGGGCAAGUGGGGAGACUGCCCCGGCCACGCUUUCGUGGGCCUCCUGCACGCGAGUCGCCUGGCCUGGGAUGUCAACUACUGGGGCCCCUCGCGCCUCCGCCCAAAGAGCCGGUACGAGGUCCGGCGGUCGGCGCUGGAGGGCUCCGGCACACCGAAUGGCGCCGCCCUGCUGUGA